AUGGGCACUGCUAUGGUGGUCAGUGAGGGGGGGGGGAAGCAGGCGCAAGUGAAUGCGGGGAUCGGCGCAGCUGACUUGAUCGGCGCUGUGGAUUCCCCCCAUCCGCUGGCGGUGGUGCUCCGCCUGCUGGACGCGCGGGGGAGGGCGGAGCGGGGGAACGCGGAGGCUGUCGGGCAGGGAGGGGAGCGCGGGGCGGAGGAGGAGGAGAAGGUAGAGAAGGAGAAGGGGAAGGAGAAGGAGAAGGAAAAGGAGAAGGGGAAAGAGAGGGAAAAGAGCAAGGCAAGGGAGAAAGAAGACGGGCAACAGCCCGCGCUGCUAGUGCUCCGCUUCGAAAUGCUCUGGAACCUCGGGAUCAUCUGCGACUCAGGCCUUCUAUUCCCGAAUAUGGCAAAGGAGCCGUUAGCACGGGAGAGUGGGUUCGUGGCGGCUCUCUCUGCACGCGUCUCCCGCCCGUACUACUGGGCGCAGCUCAUGUGUGGCCUGGAUUUUCUCCCGCCCCUCCCUCCUUCCUUCCUGCUGCCCCCCGGCUCUUCUGCUGCUGCUGGUGCGGCUGACGGUGCUGCCACCGCUGCUGGUGCUGCUGCUGCUGCCUCUGCCGCUGCUGCUAUGGAGGUCGAACCUUCUGCUGCCACAUCGUCUGGUGCUGCUGCGCCUCCUGCUGCUCCAUCUACUGCGGCUGCUGCAGGAGCGGCAGUGGCAGUGGCGAGAGAGGGAGGGGCAGCGGAGACAGGGCCGGGGGGAGCACGGGCACAGCUGCUGGAGCGGCUAGAAGCGUUCAGGGAGGAGCGGCGGCUGGGGCGAGUGCUGCAGGCGAUGAGGGAGCGAGUGACGGCUGCGAGAGAGCUCAACUGGCAGCUUCUCAUUGGCCCGCUGGGGUUCCCAAACGCCACGUGUAGCAGCCAGAUUGGGGGAAAGGCUGAAGAGGGGGAUUUGGCUAGUGGGAAGGGGGGGGAGAAGAGAGGGAAGGAGAGGCGAGGGGAGAGGAGGAGCGAGAGGGAGGGGGAGAAGGAUAGGAGUGACAGGAAAGGAGAUGAGAAGAAAGGGGAAGAGAAAAAAGGGGAUGAAAGGAAAGGGGACGAGAGGAAAGGAGACGAGAAGAAAGGGGAUGAGAGGAAGGGUGAGAAGGGAUCAGGGGAGGAUGGAUCGUCUCGCGGCCGAGGAGAAGGCACGGGAGGAGGGAAAGGUAGAGACGAGGCUUUCGGGAGGCUGGCUGUGGGUGGAUUUGGAAGAGAGAGCAGCUUGCCGGUUGGUGGGUUGGGAGGAGAGUGUGCCUUGCCGCCUGGUGCUAUGCUUGCCCAGGCUCUGGUGAUAGCACAAAGGAGGAGAUUGGGUGGACUGGCCGGUGCAGUAGGGUUGGGAGGGGUGGCGGGGUUGGCAGGGGUAAGUGGGGUUGAAGGGGGGUCAGGAGGGAAGGGGGAGGGCGGGGGGAAGAAGCGGGAGAGCGAGGGGAAGAGCAGCGGCAGGGAGAGGAGGAGCAGCAGGGAGGGGAAGGAUAAGGGCGACGAGGAUGGAGAGAAAGGGAGAGGGGGAGGGAGUAAGCGAGAAACUGAGGGUAAAGCAGCAGCAUCAGGAGCCAUAGCAGCAGCAGCAGCAGGAACAGAAGCAGCAGCAGAGGGACCUGCAGGGGACGGGCACGGCAGGGGGGGCAGCGGGGGGAGUGGGGGCAGUGGGGGCGUGGAAGGCGGGGAAGGCGGCGAGGGGGUGGUGUGGGUGGCGUUGCCAUGGUCGUGGGCAGCAGCGCAUGGUAUCCAUCCGUCCACCCCUGCUGCUGUCGCCUGGGAGACUGUGCUGGGGGUCGGUGCCUAUGUGUAUGAGCUCAUUGUGGUCAUCUAUCCUGACUUCCCUCGCCGCCCGCCUCUCUUCUCUCUCCAUCUCCUUUCCCCCACCACUCCAUCCGCGCAUCAGCAACCCCUCCUCCCCUCCUCCACUGCUCAAGUCACACUCUCUCCAUCUGCUUCAUCCCUCACCUCCCAUGCCUCCUCACUGCUGGAUGGGCUGUUCUCUCUCGAGUCUGAGGUGAACAUGGGGAGCAUGGGAAGUGCAACGAGCCCUCCAUCCGCGUACCUGACUCCAACCAUGGCUGCUCUCACCACCAGCUCCCUCUCCUCAAUGGUGGCGACUUCCGCGUUUUCCGCGUGUGGCGCGUCAUCUAGGGCUCUUGCCAGCUCAGCCGCUAUCUCGGGAACACCCGUCCUGCGCUCCGCUGUUUCCGUCAGCAAGCGUGCACCGGCUGGCAAGGCUAACGGUUCCGUCAGGUGCUCCGCGAAGCCGUCGGCUUUCAACGACGAGAGCAACCGAGCCUUCGCUUUGAGAUCUUUCCGCGAGAAGAAGGCUUUCAAGGCCAUCGCAGGACUCAACAACUUCAAUGCCGAUUCUGUUGCCGCUGUCGUCUCCGCUGCCGAGAAGGGUGGUGCCACGGUAGUCGACAUUGCGUGCGAUGCAGAUCUCGUUCGCCUCGCCCGCUCCCUCACCUCUCUCCCUAUCUGCGUGUCGGCAGUCGAGCCGGAGAAGUUCGUCGAGGCAGUUGCUGCUGGCGCGCACAUGAUCGAGAUUGGCAACUUCGAUUCGUUUUAUCCAGACGGCCGGGAGUUCACCGCAGAGGAGGUUCUCGACUUGACUCGUCGCACUCGCCAGCUGCUCCCCUCCAUCGCCCUUUCCGUCACCGUUCCCCACACUCUGCCUCUGCCCGAACAGGUCGCUCUGGCGGAGGCUCUGCAAGAGUGCGGUGCUGACGUCAUCCAGACUGAGGGCGGAACCAGCUCAGCAGCUUCCUCUGCUGGCGUUCAAGGGCUGGUGGAGAAGGCCACCCCCACCAUCGCAGCCACCUACUCUAUCGCCCGUGCCGUCACCAUUCCAGUCAUGUGUGCCUCUGGCCUCAGUGCUGUUACUGUCCCUCUCGCCUUCGCUGCUGGUGCCUCAGGAGUGGGUGUUGGAUCGGCCAUCAACCGCCUGAAUGAGCCUAUUGCAAUGGUGGCAGCGGUGCGGGAAAUUGCAAAUGCGGUGAAUAGCCAAGUCACCGAGAAGAAAGCAGCUGCCAGUGGUGCUAACAAUUGA